AUGGCCUCCUUCCUUGUUGAAUGCCUAGGAUGGCUUAUCCUCGUCCUCUUUUCCUUGUACAUCUUCCAGUUGCUCCGUGACGCUCGCCGGCGUCUUCCUCCGGGCCCCUGGCCUCCGAAGCCUAUCAUCGGCGACCUCCUCGACCUCGGGGAGGACGGCCAGCAGCACCGCGCGUUCCUGCGCCUGGCCGACCGCUACGGUGGCCUCAUGUGCCUCCGCUUCGGCAUGGUGCCCCACGUGAUCAUCUCCACGCCGGACGCCCUGCGCGCCGUCUUCGGCGGGGAAGGCAAGAAGGUGGACAACAUCGCCGGCCUCCCGAGCCUGGACGUCCUCAGCGCCAUGGGCCACCGCGCCCACACCAUCUUCGCGCUCCCGAGCCAGGACGGCAAGUGGCGCGCGAUCCGCAAGUUCGCCGCCGCAGAGAUGCUGGCUCCCAGGCGGAUCUCCGCUGGGGCCGGGGCGCUGCUGCAGACCAAGAUCGUUGAGGCGCUGCACCGCUAG